UGGGCUCUCCUCCUCCAAAUCAUACCCCCGCCGGAGUUUGAGGUUGCUGCGCGGCCUGCGAUUCCCAAUCCCGGCGAGCGUGGCCGAGGAGAGAUGCCGCCCCGGACGUCGGACCACCUCGAGGCGCUCUCCUUGCAGAUCGAGCGCAAGCUCCACAAGGCUCUCACCUCCAACUCACAGCGUCUCCAGCUGCUGCAGCAGCUGUUCGCCGAUAUCGCGUUGAAGGUGGAUGACCGCGCUCGAGAUGCGAUUUUAAGCAGGAGUGAUGAGGGCAUUCCUCCGGUAGAUGAACGAGAAGAUAGUUACUUGUGCUUCUAUGAGAUUCUUGCAAAUCACUAUGUAAGAGUACCUGAAAGCGGAAGGCGUAUACUUGAGUUAAUAGUGCAACUCUGGAGCCAAUCCUUUGCAGCCAACAUAUUUGCACUUCUUUUCCACAGAUGGUUGUUUGAAGUCCCUCUUGAUGGAAGGGAAGUAUCACUAAGAUACAGCUCUGCUCUUGUCCAAGGAGCUACCAACGUUUUUUGGAUUGACAUUCAAACCAAUACAAGACACUUUCUCCCAUUGUAUCAUUAUCUCCUUGAAGAAGUCGCUUUAGUCCCUGAUCAACUGAGUAAGAUAUCUUUGCAGGCUGGUAGAAAUCUGUUCUGCCUCCUCUCCAGAUUCAUGCUGUUCUAUGAUCAGGAUCACUUGCUUGCAAGUUUUCUUGAACAUUUCCCUGUUUUUCCAAACUCUUUCUUGGUUGGUGGACCUGCAGAUUACUUUGUUAUCGAACUCACUGAUCAGCUCCAGAAGCUAAAAGUGGAGCCUGUACUGCUGCACUAUCUUUCUCGAAUGACCAUCCUUCAAGGCUGGGAAUUGAGGAUGAGUACAAGCACCAGACUAAAGUCAUGCCUUUACAGCUUCACGUCUCCGGGAGGCCCUGCGUACCCAACAAGAGCGGUGCGGCAUGCAGCCUGGAAUACGUUGGAUUUUCUUUUUCCUGUGGGUCGCUAUCCGAGGCACGUGAUAAGCCUGUUCUUUCGGCUACUCUACCCGUGGUACUGGCCUUCCUCUUGCUGGAACUUCGUCAUGACUUGUGUCAUGACCGUCUACUACUACAUCCUGAAUCUGCUCCUCUCAAUCUGGGACAACAUGAGGAGGCCCAGCCAUCAAAGGAUGCACAGAGAAUGAAGAAAUGGCGCGUUAGUCACAGCUAGCGGCUUGUGUUGUUGUUGUUGAUAAUGUUCCUUUUUGUUUCAGUUUUUGGUAGGUUAGCGGCUCAUGUGUUUGUUUUGGUGAAAUUUGCGCUACAAAUUCAUCUGUUUGUUCUGUUUACAUGGAUGGAGAGAUGUGACAUAGGCAUGUGUACAAUGCAAAAGAGAAAGGAAAGAAAGGUAAGCGUGUGCAUUUUUGGGGGGCUGGACUGACAACUUCACGUGAUUAUUGUAAGCUGAAUUCUGCAAGUAUAUAUGUGUUAUUUACUUGCAGGAAUGUCAUUGAUUUAGCA